GUGACCAAAGGUCACAAAACAUGCCGGCUGCUCGCGAAAUGUGGAGGUAGCUACACAUGCUGCGUUGAAUUUCGUCGUACUCAGCGCUUCAUAACCUCCCGGUUAUGGUUAUAUCAACUCGCAAGGUAUUAGAGAGGUCGAGGAUUUCCCUGACGAAGAAACUGCCGUAGCACUGACUAAACAGAAGCCAUGGGAACGGUCCAUGCAAAGUCGGCCGAAAGGCGCGGGGGCCAGGAAAUGCAGGUACCAUUAGAUCAGAUUCAGGCUCGUGUGGACAAGGUGUUCGUAGACGGAGUCAUCCGCACAAAAGACGACAUCCUCAAGAAGGCUGUGAACGACUUGUUCCUUGCUAGAGAUUUUCAAGAGGUGAUUUUGAAAACCCGCUAUGUGAGGAAACAGUUGGAGACUUUGGGUGCCUUUAAACAAAUCUCUGUCGUCAUCGACACAAGCACUGGUCCACAGUCGAGCCCAAAUGGUUUGGACGUGACCUUUAAAGUUCAAGAAGUAAAACGCAUGGUGGGCGGGGUCAACACCCUUGUUGGUAACAACGAAGGAAGCAUGGUCAUCGGUCUCAAAUUCCCAAACACCUGGGGCAGGGGUGAAUUUGUGCAAACUGAGUACCAUUAUGGGACCAAGCACUCAAGUGGUUUCAACGUCACAGUCAGCAAGCCUUUCCUUGGGUGGUUGAAUCCACGGAUCACCGGAGCUGUGUUUCAGCAGGCCGCCGAUUUCACGUGGAGCGGCUUCCGCCAGGUGGACCGUGGCCUGUUGACAGAGCUCCUGUUUGAAUCCACGCCGGGCGUCCACCACAGCCUGCGAUGGGAGGCCCUCUGGAGAGAACUGUCCGGUCUCACGCCCACCAUCCCCUUCGUGGUCCGGGAAGAGAUGGGACACUCCCUCAAGUCUUCGCUCAAGCACGUGGUGACUGUGGAUCGGCGAGACAAUUCCGUUCUGCCAACCGAAGGUGGCUACUUCAGGUUACACCAGGAAUUGGCAGGCCUUGGUGGUGACAUUGGGUUUCUGAAGCACGAAGUGGAAUGCCAAGUCAAUGUGCCUAUCAGCCGCGACUUUGUGCUCCAGGCCAGCUGCAUGGCCGGGCACGUCAUGGGGUUUGGCCAGAACAAGACCUUCAGCAUCUGCGACCGCUUCUUCCUCGGCGGACCGCUCAACCUCAGGGGCUUCCACCAACGCGGCGUUGGACCCCACGCCGAAGGUCACUCCCUGGGCGGAGAGGCGUACUGGGCCAGCGGCCUGCACCUAUACACUCCCCUGCCUUUCCGGCCGGGGGAAGGGGGCCUGGGGGACUACUUCCGCACGCACUUCUUUGCCACGGCCGGAAACGUAGACGACUUCAAGUUCACUGAAGAUAUGCAACACAACCUGGAGCUGGCGAUGAGGAACUUCCGGUGGUCGCUGGGCAUGGGCAUUGCACUCUCCAUCGGGCACAUAGCUCGCUUUGAGCUCAACUACUGCGUCCCAAUGAAGGCAAAGUCCGGAGACAGGUUAAACCACGGCUUACAGUUUGGCAUCGGAGUGUCGUUUCUGUAGCACUGCCAAUCUCUAGCCAAGUUUUUAGGUGAGUUAUCAGACGAUGAGUGCCAAGACAUCACAAUGAUUCAACCCCAACUUUUUUUUUCAGGUUCAAAGCAGCAUGUUUGUCCAGUUUACUGCCCCAUUUCUUUGUUGACAUUAGCAUAGUCGAAGUAAGGGUACUUACGCUGUAAAGUUCAAGCAUUAUUUUUCUCUGUCGAGUUUCAACCGAUUAAAGGAUGCAAUGUCAACAUCCCUGUGUCUGCUUUUCGUACCAAGUCUGCCACAAAGCCCAACCUUUCUACGAGACAAAAAUAAACUUUCGCUUCCCAGUGUCCUUUUUCCGGACGCUGGCUCGGCAUAUCUGGGGUUUUAAGAAAGGAAAACAUGCUUUGCACCAAUGGAG